AUGCGCCUCGCUGCUCCAGGAGUGCAGUUUCGGCCUGUUCCGCGGCCGCUCGGUCAUUUUCGCCUCUUUGUUUUACUGACAGUGGAUUUAACUCGGAUUCAACCCAAUAUCCAUCGGACCGCGCCGCUUCCAAACAGCAGAUACACCACGCUGGUGAUGUUGAUGGGUUCAUUAGACUGCUGAUGGAGACGAAGGCUUGAUGGUCCCUGGUUGGAGCUUUAGCAUCAUCAUCAUCACUGUGCCUCCAGAGAAACAACGCAGCUGUGCGACGUCAGGAAGGAAAGAUCAGCUGUUUGAAAGUCACCCAUGUCUCGUUCAUCAGUUCAUCAGUGUCUCACAGCGACUAACGGGCUGAUUUACAGGUCUGCUGUGUGGAGGGGGUCAAACCGUGGCCCGGCUUCACCUGGAGACUCAGACUCCUAAUGUAACAGCACGAUGACUCACUGCUGCUCGGCUCUGCCUCCUCCUCCUCCUCCUCCUCCUCCGAGGAAGCGGUGACACGUCCUAAAGGUUUCAUUCUAGUGCUGAGGAUGAAACGGCUCCAUGAGAGGCUCUUCAUGAUGAGAAGCUAACGCGCCGGCCGCACCACUGCAGUAAGACACGUGGCAGCUGCACCAUCCACAGUCGACGCAUGGCGGUACUAGGGAACCCCGACAUGCUGACGAGGAAGAUAAAGCUGUGUCACAUCAACGCCCACAUCACAUGUCGCCUGUGUGAGGGCUACCUGAUCGACGCCACCACCGUCACCGAGUGCUUACACACCUUCUGUAGAAGCUGCCUGGUGAAGUAUCUGGAGGAAAACAACACGUGCCCCACGUGUAGGAUUGUUAUUCAUCAGAGCCAUCCACUGCAGUACAUUGGCCAUGACAGAACAAUGCAAGACAUUGUCUACAAGUUGGUACCAGGACUUCAAGAGGCGGAGAUAAAGAAGCAAAGGGACUUCUACCAGAAGCUGGGAAUGGAGGUGCCUGGAGACAUCAAAGGAGAGCUGUGCAACAUGAAGAGUCAUCUCGACCAGCGCAACGGCGACACAAAAUCGGAAGACACGGCGAACAAGGAGGCGGGAGAGGAGAAACCGGAGGAGGACAACGACUAUCACCGCAGCGACGAGCAGGUCAGCAUCUGCUUGGAGUGUAACAGCAGCAAACUCCGAGGUCUGAAGCGCAAGUGGAUCCGCUGUUCUGCGCAGGCCACGGUCCUACACCUCAAGAAGUUCAUCGCCAAAAAGCUCAACCUGACGUCAUUUAACGAGCUGGACAUUUUAUGCAACGAGGAAAUCCUGGGGAAGGACCACACUUUGAAAUUUGUUGUUGUGACAAGAUGGAGAUUUAAGAAAUCCCCCCUCCUGCUCCAUUACAGACCCAAGAUGGAUCUGCUGUAGCUGGAAGGGCAACAACCGUUUAGCUUUUCGACUUUUUAUUUUUUAUUUUUUGGGCCCAGUGGCCGCGGACUGUGCCGAAACCUUUUUAUUUAUGCAAAGACGAUCAAACAACACCAAGCAAAAGGCCGACGGUCAGACGGUGAACGUCCACUCAAGCCAGCACGUCGGGGUCUUUAAAGGUGGGGCCAAGGACUACGACAGACACUGGCAGCCUCCAGCACAGAUAAUGCAGCACUGGUGUGUUUUGUUUUUUUUGUUUUUUUUUGUGUGUGUCUGCUACAUCCUCAAUAUGUGAACCCCACCUCCUUAAACAGAAAAGAAACAGAAACAAACGAGAGAAAGCAUAUAUUUAUACUUUUGUACAGAAGAGACACGUGGAGCCAAGACACUACUGGUGCUCUGUUUACACGCGAAGAUGUCGGAACACGUGACCGUCUCUUUUUUUGAGCUUCGUGCAGAUUUCAUGCUCAGACUGAGAGAAGAGGUUCUUUUUAUACAAGGCAUUUUUUUUCCUCGUCCUGGCAGCAAAGAACGUUUAUGGAAAAAGUUCUAUAGCAUCGGUUCCAAGCUCAUCGACUAAAUCGUCUCUGACUCUUCUUUCAUUUUGUGGCUUCGUCUAAGUUGCUUUUGGGUUAAUGAUAAUUGUCAUUUGUGAAUAGGUUCAAUUUUUUUGUGUAGUAAUUUAUGUUCUAUAUACCAAUAUUGUACAUAAAAUGUCAUUACAGAGAGUGAUUGAAAAGAAUAAGAAAGACUUUAGACUGUUAAAGUGUCAAAAGGUGAUAAUUUAGGAUUUUUAAAGACAGACUCACUAUUGGUAUCAAAGUAUAUAGAUGCAUCUUUAUGUUGUCUGACAAAGACACAACAAAUCUAUCAAACCCUGUCAUUUGUGUGUAUGUUGGCGUCAUCGUCUCCUUAGGGCAGAUAAAGCUUCAGAACCACCCUCCACCUCACGCAGCCCUUUCCGUCCGUCCUCGACUAUUACCGAAUGUAGAAGCAGUAAGCGCUGUGGCCCGGUGCCGCUAGUGGCUGGUUAUGGCCAGGCAACGCUAACGGCUGGCUAACACCCGCUGUGGCCCGGCGCCGCUAACACCCGCUGUGGCCCGGCGCCGCUAACACCCGCUGUGGCCCGGCGCCGCUAACACCCGCUGUGGCCCGGCGCCGCUAACACCCACUGUGGCCCGGCGCCGCUAACACCCGCUGUGGCCCGGCGCUGCUAAUGGCUUGCUAACACCCCUCGCUGUGGCCCCGCGCCGCCGCUAACGGCUGGCUGUGGCCCCGCGCCGCCGCUAACGGCUGGCUGUGGCCCCGCGCCGCCGCUAACGGCUGGCUGUGGCCCUGCGCCGCCGCUAACGGCUGCCUAACCCGCGCCGGGCCUCGCCGACAGCACACUGUGGUGUUUCCAGGGAAUGUCACUGCCAGCCGCAGACGAGCAAAGCUGAACACUGCUAAAAGUUCAAAUGGGGGAUCUCCUUCCCAACCAUCCGCGUACACUUAGAUUUUGUCACUGAACAGCCAGUGGUUAAAACUGAUUUCUUAAGACGCCGAUUUGAGCCUUUUUGAAACAAGCUCACAAAUUCUUUGGCGCAGGGACAAAGGUUUUUUCUCUCAAGUAUUUUGAUAGUGAAAUUCUGAAUAAAAUGACUGUUUGGUCAUUUGGUGCUUCUAACUGUGUGUUUCUAACCUUAAUGAUGAAGAUAGUUCCUCAGGAACCUGCUGUUCUUAACUGUGUGACGCAGCAAAAUGUCUUAACAUUGAAAAGUCCUGACCCGAGCUGUCUGUAACGUGUCCCAACUGGACCCACGCGUGUCCGACCUCAGUAUUACCUCACUGACCCGUCUGCCUGCCAUCCUCUUAUUUAUCUGCCCUCCACAGCGUUCCGCUCUCUGUGGCUCCUCUGCGUCGUCGGUGCUGCGUUUGUUUUUGACUUGUUUGGACCUCAGACAUUUGCUCAUGAAUCUCUUUCAGCACAUUCCACGUUUUGUGCAUCAGAUCCAGUUGUUUUUGUAGUGUUGUCAUCUCGACGCUCCCGGUGAUGAAAUCUCUUGAAUGCACAUCAGCUUUUCCCUCAGGUGAUGAAGCUGUCAGUCACCCAACACGGUGCUACUACUCUGAUGACUACAAACACGUCACUGUAACAGCUGCACACACUGGCUUCGACUCACACGUUGCGUUCAUGUUCCUCGGCCUCCAUUUUGUUUUGUGGUGUCUUCACGCUGCAGCUUUCUGUCCCCGUCACGUGACGUUUCCCUUCGUUCGAUGCGGGGAAUCGUCUGGAGCAGCAUCGUAUAGCAGAUUCAAACCGCUGCAGUGUGAGCAGUGUUUUGACUGAGUGAUGGAGAAGCUGUGGGGUCUGAUCACUGGUGCUUUUCUAUGGUGCUAACUCCUGGUUUCAGGCCCCCGUCUCGUGCCCCACGUAAAGCGGGCGCUGGCCUUUCUCAUCUCGUUCCCGUCUGUUUAUUGGCUUUCGUUUACCUACUUGCCUGGACUUGCUCUGGAAAGUGAACCGAGCGACUUUUAAAGAAUCACCGACCGCAACGGGGCUGAUUCUGUGAAAAGUAAGAGAAACUGGUGAGAAAUUGGCUGCGCUCGCUUCAAUUUGCUGCCUCAAAGUGAAGCCCACACCCAUUAUCUUCUGUUCUGGUGGGACGUGCAGCUUUAAGACUCCGAUUGAGACUCGCUUCAGUCCAGAACAUCCAGAACCGCAGGAAUCGCACAGCUCAUUUGGUUCAACGCUCCCGCGGCCCUUUUGAUCUUCAGGUGUGAGAACUCGAUCUCUUUCCAUCAGCGCCGUCAUUGAGACAUCGGUGCAGCCGGGCUGAGAGGCUUAUAGGCUCUGGCUCGCUCCAGAUACGGCCCGGUAUCUGACCCGAAGGUCAGAGCAUGCGCCUUGAGCAUCGGCGGCUUGUCUGUCAUCUGCUGCUGCGAUCGGAGGUCGAGCCUGUGAAAUGUCCAUCCGAGACGGUCGUCGAUGGCGACACGUGGCGUUUCUCUCAUCCGUUGCUUUGUGCUCACUGAGUUCUGGAACGACGACUAGGCAGCGGCUCCGGCGCUGGAUCGCACAGCGUGAACGGAGCACACUGAGAUCCUGUGUUUUACUGCAUCGCAUUGUUGGUUCGCUCACUGGUCCGUUCUCAACGAUGCAAAACCGGCUCCUUUCAGCUUCGUACGAGUGAAGGCGUUGGGUCGUCACGGCGACGCGUCCCCAUGAGCCAUAGCAGAAGUCUUUGCUUGUUCUGUUAUUGCUGAAAGCCACUUACUGUGAGAAAUUUGCUUCUUCUUCAUUUUUCUGAUCUUAACUGAUGCAUAAAAUAGUUUCAUUUCAUUUCCCCUUUUUGUAUUCCAGGUGUGCUAAUGUCGAUGCAAUGCUUUGUCUGUAUAACGAACACAUGUUCUUUUUUUAGGUCAAGCAUAAAAAAAGGAAAACUAAACUGAACUGUGUGAAUCUGGAAAUGUGGUUGUUGUAUUUGCAAGGAAAAUGUGCAAUAUACGGUUCUCAGAUGAUUCCAGCUUUCAGUAAAGUCCGAUGUUUCCUUUUUCCAGUCCGUUCCUCAGGUCACUAAAUGCCUUCUGGUCCUGAGGGUCACCAGGGAAUCUCAGAUCAUACACUAAUGCACCCGAAAAGCAAAACGACUGGAGUUUACUUUACCCUCGUCUGCGAUGUGUUGUCUCUUCAGUUGAACAGGUGUCCUCUGUUUCCUUGCCUCCUUUUGUAUUGUUAUUUAUUGCACAUGUAAUGAACUGGUUCCAUUGCCACAUUUACUUCGAGGAGUUUUGGGUCUAAAAUGGGGCUGGAAUUUCUUACAAACUACAGAAGCUUUUGUCAAAACCUAAGUGUGUAUUUCAUCAAUAAAUGCCUUUAAGAGUGA